AUGGAUGAAGAAAACUCAAAGCGAAAGACAUCAGUGAAGGAGGCAUGGGAGGAGAGCUACAACCAGAAAUCCAAAGAGUUGAAAAUUGAAGAGAAGAAGCUCAGCGGCAAAUAUGAUUUCGAUUUCUCGCAAGCAUCUCUGAAACAAACGCUGAAGUUCACAGAUAGUGUCAAGCGUUUAAUAAAUAUAUUUCGUUCAAAACGUUUUAGCGACAAGACACUCGAAAACCUGUACAGGCGCUACUUUCUGAAAGUCGAUCAGUCAUCGCAGUCGAAUAUGCAACUUUUGAGUAUUGUUGUCUGUCUUCUGCUUAUUGUUUUAUUUUACGUAAAUGGAAUGAUUAGUCCCAUCCGAGGCAUAGUGCUCGGUAUUGUGAUCCUCUUGUUCGUCAUCCUAGAGAUUUUGCUUUAUUACAUCCAGCUCGACUACUUGACUCUGCAGAUCAUCAGCCAUGUCGCCGUGUUGUUGCUGUUUGUUGUGGUGUGUAUAGAAACGCUGGACCCAAAGCCGCGGGAUGUUUCAGACGGAUUGUGGAUCACUGUGUUCUUCGUCUAUAUGAUCUAUUCGGGGAUUCCCGUGGGCAUGACAGUGGCGGUACUCUCGGGUAUUCUGCUGCCAGCGAUUCAGCUGUCCGUCUCCGUGCAUUUAACCAAUCAUCAGCUAGACAAUACUGAUCGG